CGCUAAUAUCUGGGCGCAAUGAAUUUCGCUCCUUAUCAGGAUGAAUCGCCAGAGGUCGAACGGGCAAUGUCGCCUGCCCUCAGCGAUGCCCAUCGCGUGAAAUCACCACCCAACAUCCGAUCUCCUCGCGGCUCUCCUCCAGUUUCAGGUCUCGCACCCAACGCGCUUCCGUCACCGAGUCAUUUUGCUGGCGGGGUUCAUACAGAAGCAAGCGGUUUCGGAAACAAUGGCUACGGUAGAGAUGUAGAGGGUGGGAGAUGGAAUAUGGGAGCUUUCGAUACAAGUCUACCCAUCCGGAUGGAUUUUGAAGCUAUGCUGGCAUAUCUGCUUCUGCCUCCUGCGGGUGGCGUUUUCCUGCUGCUACUAGAACACAAAAGCGAUUAUGUACGCUUUCACGCAUGGCAGUCAAGCAUGCUUUUUACUGUCAUGUUUAUAAUUCAUCUCUUGUUCGCUUGGUCUAGCUUUUUUUCGUGGACCUUGCUCUUAUGCGAUCUGGGUAUGAUCGGCUUCUUGAGCAUGCGUGCUUAUCGCGACGGUAAGUCCAAGAAAUAUGCGUCAGGGAUCCAGACUAAACAAAUCUUAGUGGACACGCUUGACCACUACGA